AUGAAUCGUCUGAUGAAGAUGGAAUCAUUUCCUCUCUUCCUCACUGCCGCAAUUGCCAUCUUUCUUGCUCUUCUUUUGUUGGCAUCGCAAGACCAUCGUCCUACCAGUGAAGCCCUCGAAAGCCCUGUUACCGUCCGAUCAAGGAGUCAGAUGCUCUAUGGGUAUGAUGAGGGACCAAACAGCCUUGAUUUCGGAAAGGAAUCAGGCAUUUCUGAAGGAAUGGAUCUGUCAAGGGACGACAUCUCGAACAUUCGAAAUAUCAUCACUCCGCAGAUUGGAAUCAGCGCAGAAAACCCAUGGAAGAUUAAGAUACAGAAAUUGGUCAAGAAGAUCAAGAAGUUCCAGGAGAAAGAGGAUGCAUUCCUCAAGGUAGUGAAGAGUCCAGCCCAUGUUGACAUCCACGUGAAGAAUGGGCCUCCUGGAUUGCGAGGCCCGAGAGGGUAUCGUGGAAUGGCUGGCAUACAGGGCCCUCCUGGUCCUCCCGGUCCCAAGGGAGCCCGUGGGCCGAAGGGUCCGGUAGGGUCGCAGGGGCUCGAGGGCCUCCAAGGACCCAUCGGCCCCACUGGUGAAACAGGAGACAUGGGUCCCAAGGGCGUCAAGGGCCCGCAGGGACGAAUGGGAGUGAGAGGCAGGAGAGGGAAAACAGGCCCGCCCGGGGCUCCUGGGAAGCCAGGGUAUCCGGGACGACCAGGCGCUCAGGGAAACCUGGAGAGCCAGGCAUGCAGGGGCCACCAGGACCGGCUGGAAGGGCGCCCCCUGGAGUCCCCGGGCCACCUGGACCCAUGGGAGCAAGAGGUGCCGACGGAACGGACGGUGUGCGAGGACCGCAAGGACCUGCAGGUGAAGAGGGAGCAAGGGGCCAAACCGGUCCUCAAGGCCCCCAGGGUACCAAGGGAAAGGAUGGCAAAGACUUCCAUCACAAGUGAAUGCGGAGAUACCGUGCUCGAAUGA